UACUAACUUGAUGAUUGGUUACAUAAGAUGUACUAACAUAACGUAAUACAAAUAUAAGUACGAGCUCUGAACACAAGGCAAUGAUGUCAUUUCUGAGGUCAGUGGCAACGAUCCCACGAGCUGCAUCUGCGACUCCGACCGAGAUUUCACUCCAUUCUUUCUCCUCUACCAAACCUCAGACAUUCCCCUUUCCAUCUUCUCACCGAUCUUCGCCUAGACUUCGUUGGGGUUAUACGAGAAUCUUUGCUAGGUCUCCCAUGGCGUGUGUUCCUCAAGCUACUGCAGUAUCAGAAUUCAAAGGCCCAAACAUCUUCGGGGUGGUUCGAUUCGUUCAAAUUUCCAUGGAAAUCGUAAGAAUUGAAGCCAGUUUUGGCGGGUUGUCUCCAGGAAAACACAGUUGGUGUAUCAAUGAGUAUGGAGAUCUCACAAAAGGAGCAGCUUCUACAGGGAAUAUAUACAAUCCUUUACAAGAUGAUCAAACCGCCACACAGCUACCAGGCGACCUAGGAACGUUGGAGGCAGACCAAAAUGGAGAAGCUUUAUAUACGGUAACGAAAGAGAAGAUGAAGGUAACGGAUCUGAUUGGACGAGCUGUUGUGGUUUAUGAAACAGUGGAUAGGUCGUUACAGGGGAUUACUGCUGCUGUUGUUGCUAGAAGCGGAGAAGUAGGAGAGAGUUGCAGAAAGCUUUGUUCUUGUGAUGGAACCACCGUUUGGGAAGCUACUGUUUACUGAGUCAUGGCCAUAAAAAAAUUAUAUAUUCUAAAUUCUGAAUGCAGAUCCAAAAAUUGUUUGUUUACAAUUUUCUUUUCCUUCACCUAUGUUCUGUCAAUAUAUUCAAUAAAUAUCUAGUGGAUUUGUGUACUCUUUUCAUUUU